AUGACCACAUUUUUCACCAGCGUCCCCCCCUGGAUUCAAGAUGCAAAGCAGGAGGAAGUGGGCUGGAAAAUAGUUCCCAGGCCUCGGGUCCGGGAGGCGGAGAGUCAAGUGAAGUGCCAAUGUGAAAUCUCGGGGACACCCUUCUCAAAUGGGGAGAAGCUGAGGCCUCACAGCCUUCCCCAUCCAGAGCAGAGACCAUAUAGCUGCCCUCAGCUGCACUGUGGCAAGUCUUUUGCCUCCAAGUAUAAGCUGUAUAGGCACAUGGCUACCCACUCAGCCCAAAAACCACACCAGUGCAUGUACUGUGAUAAAAUGUUUCACCGCAAGGACCAUCUCCGGAACCACCUACAGACCCACGACCCCAACAAAGAGGCUCUUCACUGUUCCGAGUGCGGUAAGAAUUACAAUACAAAGCUGGGCUACCGGCGCCAUCUGGCCAUGCAUGCCGCUAGCAACGGUGACCUCAGCUGUAAGGUGUGCCUGCAGAACUUUGAGAGUACCCAGGCCCUGCUAGAGCACCUGAAGGCUCACUCACGCCGGGUAGCAGGGGGUGCCAAGGAAAAGAAGCACCCCUGUGACCACUGUGACCGGCGCUUCUAUACUCGUAAGGAUGUGCGGAGGCACUUAGUGGUGCACACAGGCCGAAAGGACUUCCUCUGCCAGUACUGUGCCCAGCGGUUUGGCCGCAAGGACCACCUGACACGGCAUGUCAAGAAGAGCCACUCGCAGGAGUUGCUCAAAAUUAAGACAGAGCCAGUGGACAUGUUAGGCCUACUCAGCUGCAGCUCCACCGUCAGUGUGAAGGAAGAGCUGAGCCCUGUGCUGUGCAUGGCUUCUCGGGACAUGAUGGGGGCCAAGGCCUUCCCUAGUAUGUUACCCAUGGGCAUGUAUGGCGCCCACAUCCCUACCAUGCCCAGUGCAGGCAUGCCACACUCCCUGGUGCACAACACACUGCCCAUGGGUAUGAGCUAUCCUCUGGAAUCUUCACCUAUCUCUUCUCCAGCUCAGCUUCCUCCAAAAUACCAGCUUGGAUCUACCUCAUACUUGCCCGACAAAUUGCCCAAAGUGGAGGUGGAUAGUUUUAUGGCGGAACUUCCUGGAAGCCUGUCUCUCUCAUCCGCAGAACCCCAGCCCGCCUCACCUCAGCCGGCGGCAGCUGCGGCCCUCCUAGAUGAAGCACUGCUCACCAAGAGCCCUGCCAACCUCUCUGAGGCCCUCUGCGCUGCUAAUGUGGACUUCUCCCACUUACUGGGCUUUCUUCCACUCAACCUGCCCUCCUGUAACCCUCCCGGGGCCACAGGAGGCCUGGUCAUGGGCUACUCCCAGGCUGAGGCACAGCCCCUGCUCACCACAUUGCAAGCUCAGCCUCAAGAUUCCCCGGGAGCUGGGGGACCUCUGAACUUCGGGCCUCUGCACUCCUUGCCUCCUGUUUUCACCUCCGGCCUGAGCACCACCACCCUGCCUCGUUUCCACCAGGCAUUCCAGUAG